CAUCCAGGAUAAUAGCAUGAAGUAAAAGCUGCUAACAAUCUCAAAGGUUUGUUACCCAGUGUGUUUACCUUGGGACGUGUUUUUCAGGGUCUGCAGCUCUGCUGUUUGCUUUCAUUCCACAGAACUGAGCAACGGUUUUCAUGACUUCUCUGUUGCAGUGGUUUGUUCUUCAUGGUUCUUGACAACCUCUAAACCGGCCAGGUAAUGGCUCAGAUAGCUUCCCGGCUGAUCACGCUGCGUUUGGUCUUACUCACCGACAUUUCAGAAGCCAAAGAUGUUUCAACCUGUCCCCGGUGAAGUCUGAGAAAGGAGAGAUGUUCCGAGCAUACGUUUUACGUCGGAAAAAGAUUAUAUGUAUGUAUGUUGUUUGGAGAGCCGUGACAAAUAAAGUAAGUACAGGUGGUGUAACGUUAUUUGAUGGAGGAAAUUAAGGCUUUUUUAAAAAAAACACAUUCCCAUUAACUAAGUCCUGUUUUUUGUUUGGCUUGAUAUGACCAGGUAGGAGGGGGAAGCCAAGUUGAGACCACCUCCUACUCAAGGACUACCUUCACUUUUUAAGCAACACCUUCUACCUGUACUCAGUGGCUCAGCCACAUUUAGCAGCAGAGCCUGCAGCAAAUAGGAUACAUCUUUGCUGUUACACUUUUUUUUCCUCCGUGGGUGCUGGGAUGCAUGCCGCCACUAGGACAGCAUCCCAUUAGAAAUCAACCUGGCCCUCAUUUGCGGAGCGUCAUCAAAUAUUGGACUCCUAAUUGAGAGAUCAGGAUGUUUAGCCCAGGCCAAAUGGUAUCCACACUACUUCCCGCAGUUUUUCAUUCACCAGCGGCUCACUUUUUCCCUGCAUUUCCAGGCAGACUGAGCGCCCCACCUCAGUUUCUGUUUCCGGGGCCCUUUUUUAGCUACGAAUCCCUGAGGAAUUAUCUCCAGCCAGAGCCCUGCAAAGAAUCCUUGCUGCUGGCCACGCAGGCGGCUGGGAUAGGGCCACUAGCGGAGAGCGAAGAUGAACAGAGGCCAGUGAAGCAACGGCGGGCACGAGCCAACUACAGCAGCUGGCAGCUGGAGGAGCUGGAGAAGGCUUUCAAAACGACCCACUAUCCGGAUGUCUUUAUGAGGGAGGCCCUGGCCCUCAGACUGGACCUGAUCGAGGCCAGAGUUCAGGUUUGGUUUCAAAACCGUCGAGCCAAGAUGAGGCGGCAGCUAAAAAUCCAGGGCCAGCUCGCCCGGCCCCUGCUGAAAAGAGAAGAUGAGGUCUGUGAGCAGAGGAGUACAAACUUCACGCCGACAGAACGAUCCAACAGCGAGGCCUGGGAGAGGCAACAGGAACGAGAGAUCUUCCCAUGGACAAAAGCUCCGGCUUCUGUGCUGGCCGUGCGGAAGCAGCCCGUGACCCUGAGAGGGAAGUGGGAGAGGCAGGAGGGGCCCAGCUCAGAGGAGCUGCGCUCCUGCAGCAUCGCCAAGCUGCGGGCCAAAGCCAGAGAGCAUGAGGCCGAGAUCCACAGCACUGUAAACACGUCUGGCAGUGAUUUACAGGCACAAACGCAGGAAACUGAUGCCAUUCUCAGUGACUAAUCAUGUUCCUUCUUCCUGUUUGUACCGAUAAACUCUGGACUCAGUGUACAGGCGCUGGUUGAACUAUGGGGAAACAUUUCAUAACUUAGCUUUAAAAAAAACUGACAAAUGACUAAAUAAAUCCAUGAAUAUCUUGACUAUAUAUUUUUUUUAACCAAAUUGCUUAUCAGACAUUUUUUGGUAUGCAAUAUAUGUUUGAAGUUGAUUUUCUUUAUUUUUAAUUCAUACCAAAAUUGUUUUACCUCUUUUGAAUUUCCACCAAAAAUAACCUUUAAAGUUUAAAAUCAGCAAACAUUUGCUUGUGGAGAUUUGAAUGUAUAUAUUUUUCUAUUCCAGCAUUUUUUUUCCCCCUUUUAGACAAUCUAAAAAAAAACCAACACAUUGAAUGAAUAUUAAAUGAAAUGUAAAUUCUAACUCCCUAAACUGAGGUGCCAGAUCAAAUAGUUUUCUAUUAUUUUGCAUUCAGCAACUAAGGUGGGAGACUCUGAUUGCUUUUCCGGCCUCCAUUAAAAUACAAAGGAAUACAGCAUAAUAGAAGUUAAUUGUGUGGCUUUCAUUCUCACAAUUAGUGUGGAUGUGGCUGCAUAUAGGACAAAGUCAUCUCUCUAUUUUCUACAUGCUUGUGAUGAAUAAAGAAAUAAAUGAAGAAAUAAUUGUAAAUAUUCAGUAAGAUGUUAACUUUGUAGUAGCAAAACAAGCAAAUCAGGCAAAAUGUUAAUAUGAGGAGCCUAUAUGAGGGGACUACACCUGGCCUACUCUUUAUGUCGCUACAGAUUUUGUGAGUUUCCUGUAAUGUACCAGCCAGGUUUAACAAGUCUGCUUUAUUUAAGAUACGGGGAUUUUAUCACCAUUCAUGUCUCUGAAUGCAGUUGUCAGCGCAUCUUAAAUGUGAUUGAUGGUAUGUUCACGGAACGCUCCACUAUACCAGGGCUCUAUCAGAUAACAACGACAAAUGACAAAUGUUGACAUCAGGGUACCGCUAAAAUUGGAUACAGUCAAGCUAUUUCUAUACAAGUUUACUAAUGACAUCCUUGACCUCUAAGGUUACAGUCACACACAGCCAGGAUGUCUGCAUGUAAGAACACGUUCCUCAGGAAAAGGUGGAAAUAGCUAAAAAAUGAAAUCAUGAAUCCUGGUCCUUCUGUAUACGUAAAAUGCAUGAAAACUGUUGAUUUCUUUACUCAACUCAACUCAA